GGCAUGCAGGGUCACCAUCAUGCUGCCACAUGUUGCUCAACGAUGGUUUCGCUGCAUGCAGCAGGCUCACCAAUCUCAAAAAACUCAGAAACUGUCAAUCAGGGUGGUGGCAAUUUCAGCCCAUCGAGCUCAGCGAAGUCCGCACAAAACUCAUUUAACUCGCCGGGUAGCAUCGCCAACAGAAAAGUCAUGAAGAGUGAUGGUUCCAGGGAAGCGGAGGGUAAUGAACAAGAUGGAGAUGAGAAGGGGGCCAGAGGGGAGGGAAAACAUCGUGAAACAUUUGUUGAUGCGGUCUGCAGACUCACCAAUGAACCACGGUGUUCUGGUACAGCACUUCCUGACAUGCAGGAGCAGGAGGUGCAGGUUGGGUCUGAAGGCAGGAGAAAAAGUGCACAUCAUUUUCUGGCGAUGGAGGAAAGCCUGCUUGAGGACGUUGAUUGGCCAGAGGCUGUCCGGAGUUGGCAGAGGGGAGAGCUAAGCAACUACGACUACCUUCUGAUUCUCAACUAUCUUGCGGGAAGACGAUGGGGAGACCGGUGCUUUCACACUGUGAUGCCGUGGGUUAUAGAUAUGAGUUCAGUGUCAAGCCAGGCCGAGGCCGAGAAUGGUAAGAUGGAAGAGAGUGAAAGCAAGAUCGCUCUACUCCUUUCCCAUUUCACGGAUCUCCUGGCAACGUGCAUUGCACAACAAGAGGACAUCCACCGCCUCGACGACGCAGUUCAGACGCACAACCAGGAGUUUGAUCAAGUCAACAGCCGCCUCCAGCAGCUGGAGCAACGACCCGUCACCGCCCGCGAUGCCAGCUCCUCCAACACCACUGAUCGCGACGUCGGAGCCCUCAAUGACGGCGCGCAAGUACAGCAAACUGCCACGCAACAAUCGGAACAACGGUUUUGUGUUGUUGCCGCCACCCCGAGCUCGGCACCGCAUGAGACAACUCCGAAGUUUGAUGGUCAAGAGAUCUUCUGCGAUUCGACGAAGGCGGACCCGGUUCCGUGGUUUCGCAAGUUUGAGCUCAAGUUGCAGCUACACCACGUCAGCGAGGACAACCAUCACGCGUACUUAUACUCCCGGUCGGGGGGCGCGUGCCUAGCAUGGUUGGACAAUCUCUUGUCCAAGUACGGAGUGCUGGCUGCCGACUUGCACACCAAGAUCAGUUGGGAUGAUCUAAAGGCGGCAUGGCAUAAGCGGUUCCAAGUAGAGUCGUCGGAGAUCAAGGCAAUGGACAAGCUGAUGGUCUUCGAACAAGGCACGCUGCCGAGUGGUGAUGAGCAGCUAGACUUUACCUAUUCGAGUUCAGAAACACCUCAUCAUAUAUCUGACGAGUGCCUCUCAGAGCUGGCUGUGUGCAUAUACAAGGCAAGGAGGCUUCCUCUGUGGAUUCUCAAGCAGCAAGUACGUUCUGUUUAUGAACCAAAUGAGUACCCAAGCAGCAUGUCACGGCUUUAUGAGUGGACACCCGAUGAGUGCAUUCCAGAGUUCUUCACAGAUGCGGACAUCUUUGUCUCAAGGCAUGAGGGGAUGAGCGACCUGGCAGUACCAGAAUGGGCCUGCGACUGCACCGACUUCAUUUCAUUGCAUCGCGGUGUAUGUCUCUUCUUUUCUUAAUGAGCUUAACGUUCUCUUAGCAAGGACAUACCUCCUUUCCGCAGGUGCCGUUUUUCAUUUUUGACACGUGGUCCAACUCACUA